AUACCAAAAAAGGUAAAAGUAUCCUUACCUUCCACCAGCGCUGAAAAAAGAAAACCUGGAAGGCCUAAGAAACAACCCACCUCAGCACGAGAAGAAGAAAAACCUAUUCAACAGUCUACUGAAUUAGAAGAAAGUACCAUAGCUUCUAGACUAAAGAAUAGGAAGCGAAUUACUUCUCAAGUCGAUCCAACAGAAGGAGAUCAAUCUUCGUCAGAAGAUUCCUCAUCUAAUGACGACACAGAACAAUCCGACCCUCCUGUAUUCCGUUCUCAGAAGAGUACUAUACCGGCUUUGGGGCCCCCUACUCCACGCCGUAACUCACAAGCCAAUCCAUGCACUGAAGUAUACAUUGAUGGAGCCUGUCAGAGAAAUGGAAACGUAGGAUCAACUGCUGGAAUUGGGGUAUGGUUCGGAGAAAACCAUCCACUAAAUGUAUCUCAACGCGCUACAGGAAAACAGACAAAUAACGCUGCAGAAAUUGAGGCUGCCAUAGUUGCUGUCAGGAAAGCUAAGGAAGCAGGGUAUCAACGUUUAAAGGUGAUCACUAAUUCUCAGUUUUUGAUUGAUAGUAUGACCAAAUGGUUACCUAGAUGGAAAUCCAAUGACUGGAAGACUACGACUAAUAAAGCAGUCCAAAAUCGAGCAGAAUUCGAACAAUUAGAAAAAGCAAUGAAUUCUCUUGAUGUAACAUUUAAACAUGUGCCAAGCCAUCAAGGAAUUUUUGGGAACGAAAUGGCUGACCAAUUAGCCACUCAAGCAAUUGAAAAUGCUGGAACUGCUUAUUCAGUUGACGAGUCCGAAGUACCCGCUGAUAGCAAUAGACCAACUAUCGUAGAUCUCCCUCCAGUUUACAACUCCAGCGAAUCUGAUUCAGAAGAAGAUGUCUCUGCUAUACAAAAGAAAUCUGAUAUUAGAAUUGAUCUUGAGAAAUCCAUAAAGAAAUUCAACGAAUCAUUGGGAAGGAAAGGAAUCAACCCAAUUGACCUUACUACUCGAUCCUUAGCUUGGGACCAUGAAGGUAUGGAUGAAUCAAUUGUCAACAGAAGAAAUUGCGUUUCUGAAGGAAAAUCAAAUGAAGAAUUACUGAAAGACUUGGAAGAACAAGACCCCUGUGGAGAUUAUGAUGAUAAACUAUUCUCAUCACGAAUUAAUGAAUUCUUGGGAUAA